AUGAGAAAAUGUAUUCCAGUACAAGAACGGUUUGCAAUUGCUCUCAGAUUUUUAGCAACCGGAGAUAGUUACACAAGCCUUUCAUAUCUUUUCAAAGUAUCUAUCCAAACAGUUUCAAGUUGUGUCACGGACGUUUGUAAAGCAUUGAUAAAAGAACUAUCACAAGAAAUAAAAGCAUCUAAAUCACGGUUAUCUUCUAUUUCUUCUAUGUCGUCAGUGACCUAAAAAUAAGAAAUAUUCAUGAUAAUUUACAAUAUUUCUAUUUGUUUUAGCUGCCACGGACAUCAUCUGACUGGUUAAGGAUAGAGAAAGGAUUCCGCAGAACUUGGAAUUUUCCUCACUGCUUAGGAGCUAUCGACGGAAAACAUGUGCUAAUACAAAGUCCUAUUCAUAGUGGAUCUGAGUUUAUCAACUAUCACAAAACAUUCAGUGUUGUAUUAAUGGCUUUAGUCGACGCGGAUUACAAUUUUAUUUUUGUGGAUUGUGGGUGCCAGGGCCGAAUAAGCGAUGGUGGUGUAUACAGAAACACCAACUUAUAUAAACAAAUCUGUAGAAAGGAAUUGGGUUUUCCACCGCCAGACUGCUUACCGCUGAAAGUAACACCUCUACCUUACGUAUUUGUUGCAGACAGUGCAUUUGUUCUAACGGAAAAUAUGAUGAAACCUUACGCUGGAACUCAUAAUAAGGGAUCUAAAGAACGCGUGUUUAAUUACCGCCUUUCACGAGCUCGACGGAUUGUUGAAAAUGUCUUUGGCAUUAUGUCUGCGGUGUUUAGAGUACUAAGAAAACCCAUGCUUUUACAACCAGAUAUUGUAACUGAUAUUGUGAUGACAUGUGCAUUGUUACACAAUUUUUUGAGACGGUCUAAAAGGUCUAGACUUAUAUAUACCCCUCCUGGAUCCUUUGAUACCGAAAAUGAUGAUGGCGAGAUUCAGCCCGGUUCUUGGCGUGAUGACCAAAAUGGAGUUGCUUCCCUACUACCACUCCAAAAUCGGCCAAGAAGAGCACCUCUUUCCGCCAAGAAUAUAAGAGACCAGCUUGCAGAAUAUUUUAUAACAAACGGUGCGGUUGCCUGGCAAAAUAAUUAUUAAUUUUUUAAGUAAAUAAAGUACUUACCUCAGAA